CAACAAGCAAGAGAUGCGCUAUAAAGUGACCCACAAUUGGAUGAGUGUCUAGCAGUCGAGAUCCAUCUGUCAUCGUGCCCGGUUGAUUGUUCAACCGUUGGUGUUAGUUUUAUACUAGUGAUGCAAUAAAAAAAGAAAAGGGGAGCGGUAAUUACAUUUCCGGUUAUUGUAGCAGAUAACAAGUUCAACGCCACAAAAAAAACGAAAACUAAACCAGCCAUUAUGGAGCCGCUAGACAUUUUGAUCUCGGUAGUGAUGGUUUGCUUUGGGGUGUAUUUGUUGAUCGACAGGCGAUUCCAGUACUGGACCAAUCGUAAUGUACCGCAGUCGAAGCCGGAAUUGGUAUUUGGCAAUGUUCGUGAGGUGACCCAAACGAUUCAUUUGGCGGAUAAGUUUCGGGAGAUUUAUAAUGAGCUGAAGGGAAAGCAUCCACUGGUGGGAGUUUAUCUAUUCUUCAAGCCAGUAGCCCUGAUUACUGAUCUGGAGCUGUUGAAGUGUGUGUUUGUGAAGGAUUUCCAGUAUUUCCACGAUCGGGGAACUUAUUACAACGAGAAGCAUGACCCACUAACGGCUCAUCUGUUUAAUAUUGAGGGCCAGAAGUGGAAAAAUCUACGUAACAAGCUCUCGCCAACGUUCACGUCCGGCAAGAUGAAGAUGAUGUUCCCAACGAUCAUUGCGGCAGGGAAGCAGUUUAAGGACUUUAUGGAGGAAACCGUUCACGAGCAGGUAGACUUUGAACUGAAGGAUGUAAUGGCGCGUUUCACGACGGAUGUGAUCGGUAUGUGUGCGUUCGGUAUCGAGUGUAACAGUAUGCGUGAUCCGGAUGCGGAGUUCCGUGUGAUGGGCAGAAAGAUCUUUGCCCGUCCCCGAGGAAAAGUGAAGAGUUUGGUGAUCAACUCGAUGCCACGACUUGCCAAGCUGAUUGGUUUGCGUACCCUCGAUCCGGAGGUGUCGGACUUCUUUAUGAAAGCUGUACGAGAUACGAUCAAGUACAGAGUGGAAAACAAUGUGCAGCGUAAUGAUUUUAUGGACAUUCUUAUCCGGAUGCGCAGCGAUAAGGAGACAAAGUCGGAUGACGGUACGCUGACGACUAACGAAAUUGCUGCCCAAGCGUUUGUGUUCUUUUUGGCGGGAUUCGAGACAUCUUCCACCUUGUUGACAUUUACGUUGUAUGAGCUGGCGUUAAAUCAGGACGCGCAAGAUAAGGGAAGACGAUGUGUCAAGGAGGUGCUCGAGCGGCACAACGGAGAGCUAACGUAUGAUGCUGUCAUGGAGAUGCACUAUUUAGACCAGAUACUGAAAGAGAGCCUUCGAAAAUAUCCACCGGUUCCAGUACAUUUCCGUACAACUUCCAAGGAAUAUCAGGUGCCCGGUACUAAGACAGUGCUUGAAGCCGGUACCUCCGUCAUGGUGCCCGUGUACGCAAUACACCGAGAUCCGGAGCAUUUCCCCAAUCCGGACCUGUUCGAUCCGGACCGGUUUACUCCGGAGCAGGAAGCGAAACGCCAUCCGUACGCCUGGACACCGUUUGGUGAGGGUCCGAGAAUUUGUGUGGGACUGCGGUUCGGGAUGAUGCAGGCGCGUAUCGGGUUGGCCUACUUGCUAACCGGAUUUCGAUUUGUACCGGGUGCUAAAACUAUGGUACCGAUGAAGUUAGACGUCAAGAGUUUUAUUCUAUCGCCUCAGGGUGGAUUGUGGUUGAAGGUGGAAAAGCUGAGCACAUGAGGUUUGGCUAUAAUGUUACCACUUUAGUAAUAAUUUAGAACUCCGCUAGGAAAAGAAAUAGACAUUAAUAUAUUUAAAAGCAAAAAUGCUACAAGAAAAAGUAAGUGUUUAAGAUAACAAGCUAUUAAUAUGAAUAAUAAAUAGAACAUUCAAAUUUAAUAAGUAAAA